CUUCAGUGAAGGGAAAAUGUUUGUCCGGUUCGGUUUUCUACUUAUCUCCCUAGGGGCUGUUUCAGCCGGUCCCUACAUCCCUCAAAGGAUCGUAGGAGGAGCAUUGACAACCAUAUCAUCGUACCCUUAUGCGUCAUCUAUGCUGUACUCAUGGAACAUCGGGACAUAUAGCCAAUCUUGCGGCGGCUCACUCCUCAAUACCAGAACUGUCAUGUCUGCAGCACAUUGCUACUACGGUGGCUCCUCCUCCCAAUGGCGUAUCCGUCUUGGCUCCUCGUGGGCCAAUAGCGGAGGCUAUGUCUACACCGUGAACUCCAUAAUCAUCCAUCCCAACUACAACCCUAAUACCAUUGAUAAUGAUGUCGCUUUGCUAAGGACACCAACUAUCACCUAUGUACCGAACUUGGUUCAGCCGGCAAGUAUCGCCGGUGCUAACUACAACUUGGCAGAUAACCAAGCUGUCUAUGCUAUCGGAUGGGGCGCAACCGCGGUAAACGGGCCGGGUUCGGAGCAGCUGCGUCACGUGCAGAUCUGGUCGAUAAACCAGGCGACAUGUAAGGCGAGGUAUGCUGAGCUGGGUUGGACUGUUACUGACAACAUGCUAUGCUCCGGGUGGCUGGACGUCGGCGGUCGCGACCAGUGCCAGGGCGACUCUGGUGGUCCCCUAAUACACAAUAACGUCAUUGUCGGCAUCUGCUCGUGGGGCAAUCAGUGUGCCCUCCCCCGCUACCCAGGCGUCAACACGCGCGUGUCCAAGUUCUCCAACUGGAUCGUCGCCAACGCUUAAUAAUCUGUUACACUAGUACCAUAGAAUAAGGAAUAAUACUCCUUUUUGAACGGCAACUCUCUGCUCCCUACCAGCGGCUGAGCUAGGUUUAUCUCACCCGCCCGACGUCACACACACAAAUGCGCGUGUACGAUAACGUUAACGUGUCGUAUCUGAGUUUUUUUGUAUGAAGUUUCCGGGUUGUGCUAGUACUUAAUUCUAUGGUUUUGUAGC